UUUGUUCAUUUCAAUCAGCAUUACAGGCCACACACAUACACAUACACCAGCUUCAUUCAUCCCAUACAUUCCAUUCCACACCAGAUUUUCCAUGAUCUUCCCAACUUGAUCAGUUCCCUGCAGCGGAGAACCGUAGCUGCAUCUUGGCAUAACCAUGAAGUUGACCCUGGCCUCAUCCAGGGGCAUGGCCCUCAUCAGCCAGGGCUACCAGAUUCUGGCCGAGUAUUAUCUGGUGCAGGAGCAGCUGAAGAACAUCUAUGCCAUUCCCAGUUUCAGCAGUGGACUUCGUUGGUUUGGCGUCGUCUUUGUCCAUAGUGGUAUCUAUGCGGGCAGUGUUUUUCGAUUCUCCAUUCUGCUGUCCGAAAACUUUCCGGAUGACACCGCCCUGCCCACUGUGGUCUUCUCCAUGCCCAUUCUUCAUCCGCACAUCUGUCCACAGUCCAAGGUCCUUGAUAUCACUCCCGGCUUCAAGAAGUGGCUCAAGGAUCAGCAUCACAUUUGGCAUUUACUCCGCUACAUUCAGGCCAUCCUUGCCGAUCCCGAGGACAUAUUGAUUGAGGGUCCCCAGUUGGAUGUGGUCCUCAAUAUGGAGGCUCUGAGUUUGCUAACCGAUAACCGGAUCGAGUACUUGAGACUGGCCCAGGAACAGGCCAUAGCCUCGCGACGCCACAUGUACGAUCGACCGGAGACGGAUGAUCCGCACUAUAUCGUGAUGGAACCGUAUCGUCCGGAUCGACAUCGCAAGUUCAUGGAGGAGCUGAAGAGUGCCAGCUGGUGGGAGGCCACCUGCAUAGGUGGCUCCAUGCCGGCCGAGUAUCUGGGCCAAAUUGAUUCCCCCAGGCAGCUGGACGAGGAGGAGGUCAGUCAGCGGGUGAAGCUCUUUAACGAGUAGUGGGGAGAAAGGAGCUCCAGAGAGGAAUGGGAAAGGUGAACAGGAUAUUUACACUAUAAUCAUGCAGUUUCAAUAAAUUUUGAUGUACCACUACAGUAAACUUA